UCUCUCACAUUGUGUUUACAGCCUUGCAGAGCGUUGCAUAUCUGACAUUUCUCUCUCAAACUCCAACCAGCUCUGUUCGCAUCUGAAAGUGAGAAGAGAAGAGAAGAGAAGAAAGAGGAUUUUGCUCUGUAACCAGGACUGACUGAGUCCACUUCAGGCCAGGCUGCCAAAAACACCUGACCUGAGCUGACCUCCAGACAACCAGCAGCAGUCUGAUUCCCUGCCUUCACCUCCUCGGCCUGAGCAGCUCAGCCCAGCUCCUCUCAGUCCAAAACAGGCCCAGCAGCCUGACUUGAAUUCUCUCCUCUCUUAAUCCAGCCCAUCAAAAUCUAACCCAUCUCCAUGGAGCGCGUUCAGCACAUGACCAAGUCGGCCAUCCGCCGAGCGUCUCAGAUCGAGGUGAACCCGCAAGCCAAGAGGAACCUGCAGGAGCUCUUCGUCAACUUCACCCUCAUCCUCAUCUGCCUGCUCCUUAUUUACAUCAUUGUCCUGCUGAGCAGCUGAGGGUAGCGGAGCCAGAGAGAGUUUGGCGAGGCUGCGCUGUGGAAAAGGGUGUGGCUGAUAUAUGGGUUUUACUGAUAAACACACACACAGGUCAGAGUAAGCAAUAAUAUCAUCCCCAUAUAUCAGCCUGACUCUGAGUCCAAACUCUCUCCGUUCAUGGCUGUGGCUGAGCUCAACAGCGACGUUUCUGUGACAGCUGAUCAGGGAUCAGCUUCCCUGCCUCUCCUCCUCAAGGGAAAAAGUGACCCGACUUCACUGAUAUACUGUAUGCAUGUAUAUCUGCCUGCUGCUCACUCAGAUUAAUACCAUACUUACAUUACAAUGUGCUGACUUAAGUUGAUUUACAAAGGACGCUGACUCCCUCAAGACAUCCUGUACGACACUGUCUCCUGCUUGAGUAAUAAUACCUGCAAUGUGUGUGAUACUGAAAUAUCAAUACAUCACUUUUCUGUUUAACUUCCUUUUCCCAUGAGCCCUGUUCCUUCCUUCCACCAGGAGAAAGAUAAACAUGCUGGAUAUUAUUUUUCCAUCAGCAUUUUUACUUCUCUCUCUGUCUGCCACUGCCAGAAACCACAGACAACAGUUUAAAGUAUUUUAGGUAGAGAAUGAGUGACAUGAAGAUUCAGCCAUGUAACUCAUUAUAUGAAAUAUGGACUAUGUCGUUUGGGAUUCAGAGACAUCUGUAUGGACGUGUCAAGUGCAGCUUUAAACACACCUCACGCCACAUCUGAUACAGCAGUCCUGACAUAUGCAGUACAUGCAGUUUGUCAGUUUAUCAGUGAAGAAAACUUCACUUUGCAUGGUGUGAUAUCACCUUAUGAUAUUGUCUGUUAAUGGCCUUUUAACUCUGUUUGUUUAGUCAACUAUAAAGUCAGCCACAUUUACAUACAAUGCACAUUCACUAUAUUUGAAUGGAAUUGUAAAAACACACAAACAUACAUUAUCAUUUAAGGUUAGAAAUUAUUGAGAAGAAAAAUGUUCUUUUAUGUAUGUUUGGAAGAUUGUACCACCUGACUUUUAAAGUACAAUAAAUUGCAUGACAAAAAGU